GCUUGGACGCGGUCGUCGUGGUCGUGUUAGUGAAAAGCUGAAAGAAGGACGCCGAGCUCAGACAGAAAGUGCGCGGGAGGGAAUGCGCGCAGGGAGCGUCGCCCGGACUUCUGCUUUCCCGCCUCUUCACUGUGGGACGGUUUCCCGCCGUUCACAGGACUGAGGAGCGCGAGGCAAAUCGACCGUUAGACAAAAAGAAAAAGAUCACAUCUCCGCAGCUUCGCUUCACACGGAGGGCACUCGUAGCCGGCGUCAAACACCCUGAGUUGAUUAUUUUGUCCGCUAUGGAGCUAUUUUGGAUGCUGGAGUUGCCUCGAGUUGCUUCUGCGAACUGAAGACACCAAGACAAAAAAGAAAGAGAGAAACUGAGAGGAGCAGCCGUGGACGCCAUGCUGUGAUUAGCCGAGUUCAGGCCUGCAAGUAAAUUCUACACAACGAUCAGGAUGAAAAGAUGGCGACCAUGCUGCUACCAGCGGGUCCAGACGCCUUGCGGCAGUACGGUCGCGAGUCCCUGGCGGCUAUUGAGCGGAGGAUUGCUGAGGAGCAGGUCAAGAAAGCAAAGGAUUCUUCAGGAAAAAGGGGGAAUACAGAGAAGCCAAAGCCUCAGGCAGACCUGGAGGCUGGCAAGGUGCUUCCUCGCAUCUUUGGCGACAUCCCUGCAGGACUAGUUGGAGUUCCUCUGGAGGACAUUGAUCCAUUUUACUUCAAGAAUCAAAGAACCUUUAUAGUGCUAAACAAGGGGAAGGCUAUCUUCCGCUUCAGUGCCACAUCAGCUCUGUACAUAUUUAGCCCAUUUCACCUUAUCAGAAGAAUUUCCAUACGAAUACUAGUCCACUCAUUGUUUAGCUUGUUCAUAAUGUGCACAAUUUUGACCAACUGUUGCGUCAUGGCAAUGUCAGACCCAGCGCAUUGGACCAAGUACCUGGAAUACACAUUCACUGGAAUUUAUACAUUUGAGUCACUUAUUAAGAUCUUGGCGAGAGGUUUCUGUCUUGGACCUUUCACGUUCCUCAGAGACCCAUGGAACUGGCUAGACUUCAGUGUCAUUGUGAUGGCAUAUGUGACAGAGUUUGUGGAUCUUGGCAACGUCUCAGCAUUACGCACAUUCAGAGUCCUACGAGCCCUAAAAACAAUAUCUGUCAUCCCGGGUUUAAAGACCAUCGUGGGAGCUCUAAUCCAGUCUGUGAAGAAGCUAGCGGAUGUGAUGAUCCUGACUGUCUUCUGUCUCAGCGUCUUUGCCCUGAUUGGUCUGCAGCUCUUUAUGGGUGUCCUUCGGCAGAAGUGCAUCCGUAGUGCUGCUCAUUGUGUGAACUCCACUUACCCAGAAAACGGAAGCUUCAUCUGCAACAACAAAACCUGGCAGUCCAUGAAGGACUUCAUUACCAGUGAAGAGAACUUCUACAAAAUAGAAGGAGCCAAGGAUGCCUUAAUAUGUGGAUAUAGCAGCGAUGCAGGAAAGUGUCCUGAUGGGUUUGACUGUUUGAAGACAGGGAGAAAUCCAAACUAUGGUUACACAAGUUUCGACAGUUUUGGGUGGGCUUUCCUGGCUCUUUUCAGAUUAAUGACACAAGACUACUGGGAAAACCUCUACCACCAGACCUUGCGCUCUGCAGGUAAGACUUACAUGAUCUUCUUCGUGUUGGUGAUCUUCCUGGGCUCCUUCUACUUGGUGAACCUGAUUCUAGCUGUGGUGGCAAUGGCCUACGAGGAGCAGAACCAGGCCACCAUUGCUGAGGCAUGGCAGAAAGAGAGAGAGUUCCAGCUUGCCAUGGAACAGCUCCGCAGAGAACAGAGGGCUUUAGCAAAAAGGAACAGGGAAGCUGAGCUGGCUCGAGCACAAGACAUGCUUCCAUCUCCAAUGAAUCUGAAAGACUCCAGAGAGCGCCGGUCCAGGUCCAGAUCUCACAGAACCAUGUCAGAGGAAACAGAGGAAGAUAUGGAUGUCAAAUCACCCAAGUUUGAUCCUUUUGACGAGAGGCCAGCACACCCUCUACUGGCCACGCUCUCCUCCCAUCCUCUGAGCACACGCCGGGGCAGCAACAUCAGCAUCUUUACCUUCCGUCCGCGCAAUAACUCUGAGGCUGACUUUGCAGAUGAUGAGACCAGUGUGCCUGGUGAUGGCCGCAGCAGAGCAGGGUCCACCAUAACACCAUGGCACAAGCGCCGCACGGGUAGUGUUCGCAGCCACUGCUCACAGGUCUUCACGCCCACCCUCACUGUUAAUGGCCGUCUUAAUCUCUCGCUCGACCAAAACGGAAUCACCGGCAUUGGCCCCCACACACCCACGUCGGUUCCUGGCUGUAGCAUGGAGAAAGUCAAAGAGGACAUGGAGCUAGGGUGUUCAGAAGAGUAUGCUAUAGAGGCGCCAAAACCCAUACAUGAAGUGCAGAUGGAAGCCCUACCUCCUCGCAGGAAGAGAGGACUCAGCUCCAUCAGCUUCUUCAGUGAUGCCAUGGACGAGCUAGAAGAGUCUCGACAGAAGUGUCCUCCAUGCUGGUAUGAGUUUGCUAAGAAGUACCUAAUCUGGACGUGCUCUCCAGCCUGGUUGAGGCUGAAAGAGGCGGUGAAGGUCAUGGUUAUGGACCCUUUCCUCGACUUAGCCAUUACCAUCUGCAUCGUGCUCAACACACUCUUCAUGGCAUUGGAGCAUUACCCCAUGACCGAUGAGUUUAAUGGCAUGCUCAGUGUGGGGAACCUGGUGUUUACCAGCAUCUUCACAGCCGAGAUGGUUCUGAAACUCAUUGCUAUGGACCCAUACUACUACUUCCAGCAGGGCUGGAAUAUCUUUGAUGGAAUUAUUGUUUGCUUGAGUCUGAUGGAACUCGGCCUGUCCAAUGUGGAGGGACUGUCUGUUCUCCGCUCAUUCAGACUACUGAGAGUCUUUAAGCUGGCCAAAUCCUGGCCAACGCUCAACACCCUGAUAAAGAUCAUUGGCAACUCAGUGGGUGCCUUGGGCAACUUGACCCUUGUCCUAGCCAUCAUCGUCUUUAUCUUUGCUGUGGUGGGCAUGCAGCUGUUUGGGAAAAACUACCAGGACUGUGUGUGUAAGAUCAGCAAGGACUGUAGACUGCCACGAUGGCACAUGAAGGACUUUUUCCAUUCUUUCCUGAUUGUGUUCCGAGUGCUGUGCGGUGAGUGGAUUGAAACCAUGUGGGACUGCAUGGAGGUGGCUGGACAACCACUCUGCAUCCUGGUCUUUAUGCUGGUCAUGGUCAUAGGCAACUUAGUGGUGCUGAACUUGUUCCUAGCUCUGUUGCUGAGCUCCUUCAGUUCUGACAACCUGUCAGCUCCAGAUGAUGAUGGUGAAAUGAACAACCUGCAGAUUGCCAUUGCAAGGAUCCAUGGCAGCCUCACCUGGCUGCUGGGCUUCAUCAAGGACCUCUACAAUGGCAACUUCACCAGGCAGAGGACCAAAGAGUCCCAGGUAGCCAUGAAAGCUCACAGCACCAACCACAUUGAAUGCAACGGGACAAUUGGAAGAAUUGGACGCUAUGGAGAGAAGUAUAUCAUUCCGGAAGGGGAGGACAGCUAUAUGACCAAUCCCAACUUAACCAUAUGCGUUCCCAUAGCGCCUGGAGAGUCAGAUGUGGAGUUCCUCGAGGAGGAAGAGGAGGAAGACACUGAGACAUCAGAGGAUGAAGAAAACAAACCGGAAGUGAUUAGCUUGUCAGAAGGAAGUACUGUGGAUCUGAGGAAGCCAGGGGAAGAAGAUGAAGAAUCUGUGCUGGUUGAGGAUACCAUGGAGCCGGAAGAGUGUUUCCCUGAAUUCUGCGUGCGUCGUUGUGAGUGCUGUUACAUCAACACCACGCAGGGUUUGGGUCUGGCCUGGUGGAGGCUGAGGAAGACCUGUUAUCAGAUUGUGGAGCACAGCUGGUUCGAGACCUUCAUCAUCUUCAUGAUCCUCCUCAGCAGUGGAGCUCUGGCAUUUGAAGACAUAUAUAUUGAACAAAGGAAAGUGGUGAAAGUGGUACUGGAAUAUGCAGACAAGGUCUUCACCUAUAUCUUUGUGUUGGAGAUGUUCCUCAAAUGGAUUGCAUAUGGAUUUAAGAAGUACUUCACAAACUACUGGUGCUGGUUGGAUUUCCUGAUCGUGGAUAUCUCCACACACACCUCUAAUGAUAGGGUGUCAUUGAUUAGCUUGGUGGCUAACUCUCUGGGCUAUUCGGACUUUGGAGCUAUUAAAUCUCUGAGGACCCUAAGAGCACUCCGACCACUGAGAGCCCUGUCCAGAUUCGAGGGAAUGCGAGUGGUGGUUAAUGCACUGAUUGGAGCCAUCCCCUCCAUCAUGAAUGUCCUGCUGGUGUGUCUCAUCUUCUGGCUGAUCUUCAGCAUCAUGGGUGUCAACCUUUUUGCUGGGAAAUUUGGAAAAUGUGUUAACAGGACAGGCUACAUCCACAGUGCUUCCAUUGUGAACAACAAGUCUGACUGCCAGGCCAUGAAUGACACUCAGUUCUAUUGGACCAAGGUGAAAGUCAAUUUUGACAACGUGGGGUUGGGCUACCUCUCGCUUUUGCAAGUUGCAACUUUCAAAGGCUGGAUGGAAAUCAUGUACGCAGCAGUGGAUUCCCGGGGGGUAGAAGAGCAGCCUGUUAAGGAGAUCAAUCUCUACAUGUACCUGUACUUUGUCAUCUUCAUCAUUUUUGGCUCAUUCUUCACCCUUAAUCUAUUCAUCGGUGUCAUUAUUGACAACUUCAAUCAGCAGAAGAGAAAGAUAGGUGGACAGGAUAUCUUUAUGACUGAAGAGCAGAAAAAAUAUUACAAUGCAAUGAAAAAGCUGGGAACAAAAAAGCCACAGAAGCCCAUACCAAGACCAUUGAACAUUUUGCAAGGCUUCUUCUUUGACUUGGUGUCCAAACAAGCCUUUGACAUCACAAUCAUGAUGCUCAUCAUCUUGAACAUGAUCACCAUGAUGGUGGAGACGGACGAGCAGUCUGCUCGCAUGGAGUUCAUCCUCAACAACAUCAACUUGGCCUUCAUCAUCAUCUUCACCACUGAAUGCCUCAUUAAGAUCGUUGCCCUCCGCUGCUACUUCUUCACCAUCAGCUGGAACAUAUUUGACUUUGUAGUCGUCAUCCUUUCCAUUGUUGGAAUUGUUCUGGCUGAUAUUAUUGAGAAAUACUUUGUGUCUCCAACCUUGUUUCGAGUGAUCAGGCUGGCCAGAAUAGGAAGAGUCCUUAGGCUCAUAAGAGGAGCCAAAGGAAUAAGGACAUUACUAUUUGCCUUAAUGAUGUCACUGCCAGCACUAUUCAACAUUGGCCUCCUGUUGUUUCUCGUCAUGUUCAUUUAUGCCAUUUUUGGCAUGGCCAACUUCGCCUACGUGAAGAAGCAGGGUGGGAUUGAUGAUAUGUUCAACUUUGAGACUUUCGGGAACAGCAUGAUAUGCCUUUUCCAGAUCACCACCUCGGCUGGCUGGGACAAUUUGUUGGAUCCCAUUCUGAACAACUCACCUGAGGAAUGCAACCCACAAAUCAUCAACACGGGAACCAACACCAAGGGCAAUUGCGGAAAUCCUUCAGUGGGGAUUACCUUCUUUGUUAGCUACAUCAUUAUCUCCUUUCUUAUUGUUGUUAAUAUGUACAUCGCUAUCAUCCUGGAGAACUUUAGCGUGGCCACUGAGGAGAGUACAGAACCUCUCAGCGAGGAUGACUUUGAGAUGUUCUAUGAGGUGUGGGAGAAGUUUGAUGUGGAGGCCACACACUUCAUCGAGUACUCCAAGCUGUCAAACUUUGCCGAUGCACUGUCUGAACCCCUGCGGAUUCCCAAACCAAACAAUAUUACACUUAUUACCAUGGACUUGCCCAUGGUGAGUGGGGACAAGAUCCACUGCCUGGACAUCCUGUUCGCUUUCACCAAGCGUGUCCUGGGUGAGUCGGGUGAGAUGGAUGCCCUUAAGCAGCAGAUGGAGGACAAGUUCAUGAUGGCCAACCCUUCCAAGAUAUCUCAUGAGCCUAUCACCACCACGCUCCGGCGUAAGCAGGAGGAAGUCUCCGCCACUGUCAUCCAGCAUGCCUACAGGAGGCAUCUGGUCAAACGGCAGAUGAAGCAAGCUUCCUACUUGUACCGACAGAUAAACUUUGAGGGUGUGGACAUCAAGGAUGCCCCGGAAAGGGAGGGGCUCAUUGCUUGUAUGAUUAAGGAGAAUUAUGGCCCUGAGGAUGAAAUAGUUGAGGAGUCUCUGCAGUCCUCCCCUCCCUCAUAUGAGACCGUCACCAUGGCUCCCAGUGACCUCUUUCAGGAGCUGUUAUCUGACUCCAGAGACCCUGUGCCCUCUCAGCCUUGCACCUCUACAGAGACUUACGAAGAGACCUUUCUUUAGGAACUGCUUUUCCUUUUUUAUCAAAAGUGUGCUUGGGUAAAUUUUGUUGUUGCCACAAUUUGUAGAGUGUCUGGAUAAACUUUUUCAAGAUGAGCACUUUUGACGUUUAUAGCACAUCGGAUUUAAUGGAGAAAUUAUGCUUUUUUAUUGUUAUUUGCUAUGUUGGAAUAUGCAAAGGCAUCCAGAACUUAAUUAUCAGACUCUCAAAAACACUAUUUUUUGCUGUUUUUUAUGAUGCUUUAACCUUGCACAAGCCAUAAGUUAUUAACUCCGCUAUGAACAGCCUGUAAAAUCAGGAUAUUUGAGUGAUGGUUUGAGAGGAUGGUCAAAGGACGUCACUAUAUCAGUAGACUAAAUAAAGGUUAAGGUCAGGCCAGGCCAUAUUAAUUAUUGACUCAGUGGCUUUUGGGCGAAUAUUAUUUACCUCACAACAAGAUGCCACUUAAGUAUAAUGAUAGAUUUGUAAUUUAUCAUAUUCCUCACCAAAUGACCAGAUUUUAUGCAGAAGAUUUUAAUUAAUUAAACAUAACUGUGCAGAAGUCUUAGGCACCUAAGUACAUGAUUUAAAGAUCUUAGUAUUAGUAUUAACAUUGCUUGUGCUUGUAAAAACACCAUAUGUCAUUAGAAUAAAUGCAAAUAAACAUAAAUCCAGGAAAAGUAACAAGGGUAGCUAGGAAAACAAACUUUGGUUCCACAUGUCUCCUCAACGUCCCCAGCCAUUGCAUGGAUUUGUUUGAUUCCAUCACCAGCACAUUUGAAGAGAUUUGGAAAUAGUUAAAUGAACACAUUCAUAGACAAUAAAUUGCUAUUUAUGAU